UGUAUGCGGAAGUGAACCAUUUUUAGUGGAAAAACAAAACAUUCGGGGGUGGCGUUGAAUUACUCAAGCUGGACUCAGGUUUGCUGCAGUGGUUUCAUAAGCUGUACCGUAUAACUCGACAGUUAUACCCAGGGUUUGGGACCAUGCUGAGCGCCGCCGCUGCGGAGAGGAACAAAGAGCCCAUCCUGGCGGUGCUCCGGGAAAGCGUGAACACCAGGAGACCCCUGCAGGCGCUGGAGAUCUCCUCCGGUACCGGGCAACAUGUCACACACUUCGCUCAGGCCCUGCGGAAUAUAACCUGGCAGCCCUCAGAGUAUGACCACCAGUCUCUUGACAGUAUAGAAGCGUACAGAGCUCGCUACCAGCUGAUCAAUGUGAAGCCUGCAAUCCACCUGGAUGCUUCUCUGCCCUAUCAGUACUGGGGAGGGAUCCAGCCAGAGAGCCUCGACCUGGUGGUCAACAUCAACAUGAUCCACAUUUCUCCAAUAGCAUGUACAGAGGGUUUAUUCAAAGGAGCCGGAGCAUUGUUGAAGCCACAAGGUCUUCUAAUGACAUAUGGGCCCUAUGCAGUGAAUGGUCAGAUCACCCCACAAAGCAAUGUUGACUUUGACUACAGCUUACGUCAGAGGAAUCCAAAAUGGGGACUCAGGGAUAUCUCCCUCCUGAGCUCUUUAGCACAAAAAAAUGGUUUAUUCCUGGAGAAAAUAGUGGACAUGCCAGCAAACAACAAGUGUCUUCUGUUCAGGAAGGAGAGUUUGGUGUGAAGUAUCCUGCUGUUGGAUGCAGACCAGUUUGGGAGCAGGAUGGUCAAAGCGCCUUAACUUACACUUGAAGCUCAGAUACAUUGCCAAAUUUUUCAGAACUGUAAAUGGCUCAUGUUGCCCCAUACUCUAAUAGACGUUGACAUUAGAUGAAAUCAUUUGAUCUGAACUGUUAUACUCCAAUCUAUGAUACACUAUAUUGCACACUUGAGUAAAAUCAAUAAGGCUCACAGAUAUGUUGCUUGUGUACUACAUUUACCUGAAGACAGCUGCCUAUUCAUCUUUUAAUUUCUUGAUUCAGUUUGCAGAGACUAUUAGUAAAACUAGUUAAGCAGAAGUGCUUUGCAGAGAGAACAUGCUGUACAUCAGAUGAAAGAAUACAUAAUAACACAAAGGAAUCUAGAAAAAACACUUAAAAAUGACUAAAGACUAAUGUAAAUGACUAAUAUAAAGAGCCCCAUACAACAUAAACAUAAUAGAACAGAAAAACACAGUACAGAGGUAACAUACUGUAGGUAUCUUUCUUUCACAAGCUAGGCAUUUUUGCAAACUGAUCAACUUGUGUGGCUGCUAAUCUGCUACAGUCUUGUUUUUAACAAUACAAAUAUAUAGAGUAUGUGACAAAAUAAUAUCUACAUUUAAACUUAUUUAAAAAGAGCAUUUCGGUAUUAGUAUAAUGGGCUCACAACACAUCUGGAAUGUAGUACAACCUGUGUUGUAAUUAAUAUAUAUUGUACAUACAAAUAAUUUCUCACAACUUCAUUAGCAUACAGUAUUGAACAUAUUUUUGUCUUUUGAUUUUAAGAGUUAUUAAAUAUCAGCUUCUCUUGUUGCA